GCUGUCACACACACACACACACUCACACACACACACCCGCGCGCGCGGUUACGCACAAACGCCUGCACACGCACACGGAGUAAGCUGCAUGUCGGCGCACACGUCCGCUGCCCGGUAACAGAGAAGAAGAAGAAGAAGAAGAAGAAGCAGAAGAAGAAGAAGCAGAAGAAGAAGAAGAAGAAGAAGAAGCAGACGAAGAAGAAGCGGCCGUUUGGUUUCGCAGUGCGCGGCGAGCCCUCGUCGUGACAGAGUCUUUUUUGGGGGGGGAAACGGCUGAAGGAGGCAGUGAAGGAGCGGGAGGGGAGAAAAACAAACAAACAACAAGCACACGCAGAGAGAGAAAAAGGCGGUGCCCUCCUGUCAGAGACGCACUCUCCCUCUGACACAUGGUUGACAGUGGGACAAGGAAGAGGCGAGCGAGACGGCACCGGGGUGACACAGACCCAGACAACCGCUCGCGGAGAGAAGGAGACGGUCGGCCAUCUGCGGUUGGUCCCCUGCUAUUCUGCAGCUGUGCCCGAUUUCGGCUCCUUUCGCAACUUGGAAGGACAAAGACACACCGAGCGAGAUAAAGGGGGCUCUUCAUCCGUCUGAUGAGCCCAGACUGGGGCAAUGUUAAAGCCUCACUGGCCUCAGAUUAAGCCCUCGAGGCAGCUUCUGAUAAGGGACGGGUGAUAACCCAGCUGGAUGUUCCGCUGUCGCCAUCCUCCACGGCUAUCAUUAGUGUCUAAUGAGCUCGAGAGGAAACGGAGAAGGUGCCUGUGGAGAGAGGAGGAACCGUACAGCUGUUGUAAAGAGGCCCCGAGAUCUCUGACAAGGAAUUAUUUGCCUCUGCAAGAGAGUGGAACCCUUUAAAGAUCUCUCGGAUCAGGUCAAUCAGGUCUUGAUUGCCAGCCUCUUUGCGUUUUUGCUCCAUCGUUGUGCUGUAUUUCUUUAAAAAUGCAGACAGUCCUUUUCCCUCUCAAGUGAAAGAGUUUCUACAAAACACUUUAAUCCAUUGUGAAUUUUUUUUUGUUAGUAAUAUAUAUAUAUAAAUAUAUAUAUAUAUAUAUAUAUAUAUAUAUUUUUUUUUUUUUUACACGUUGACAUUACUCUGAGCUUCCUAUGCCCUGAGGCACACUGGUCACCAUGGCAGCAGCCUAUCGCAUAGUGGUGAGCAGUGUGAGCUGCUACAACAGUGUGGUAGUGGACCGCCGCACUCACUCCCAUGCCGUGCACUACUGCUCGGGGCCAUGCGGGGCGCUGUCCCAGGGUCUGGACUGUACUGUCGCUCACCGCGGCACCUGCUCCGAGCUGCUCGUUGCACCUGACCCUGUGUACACUGACACGAGCAGCUCACCCGUGCACUCCUGUAAUGUGAUCACCCAGCAACUUCCUAACCAUGGUAAAAUUAGUGUUGCCAUGGAUACGAGUUAUAACGGUGGCCUGGAGAGGGCGGACAGCAGCGGCAAUUUGUCUUUAGGGGAGGACAGCCCCACAUGGCGAGGUAAAAAGACUCUGAGUUGCGCGGCAUCGACUGGGAACCUGAGCUGCUCGAGCAGUCUGAAGGACAUAACCGAAGAGGCCAUCAAUCUGGCCAGUGGUAAGCUCAAAGAGUUUUCUUUUGACAAGCUCCGCCUAUCCUCCUCCAGCCAUGUCACCCUCCGGAAAGGUCGUAAAGUCCGGCCAGACUCUUUUAGCCGACGCUCCACUGACCUGGAGAUCGUCUACGGCCACUUCACCUCUAACAUCACCACCAAUGGCAUCACAAACGGCACGGCCACUUCUAAUGAUGAGAACAUGCCACCAUUCAUGCUGGGGAAAGGGCCAGCACUGGAGGAGACAAAGCAAAAGGGCAACUUGGGCACCUUGUCGGCCAUCACCAAAGCAGGUGGUGGCUCAACAAGCAGCCUGUCAAGUUUUGGGUCACUAGACCAAAGUCUGAACACAGUGGCCUCCCUGUACCGCAGCACUCUGGGAGAGGAGAACCUGAUUGCCCGUCUGCUGGAGAAAACUCGAGCUGAGGCGGGCACCGGGGGAGCAGGCGGGGAGGACAUCCGAGCCUGCCUUGACAUCCUCCUUAAAUGUUCUGAAGACCUAAAGAAAUGCACUGACAUCAUUAAGCAGUGCAUCAGAAGUAAAGCUGGUGGAGGGCCAGCGGAUGGAGGAGCCAGUCCCGACAGCGUGUAUCGGGCCGUGAUGACCCGACUCAGCACCUAUCUGAAGCGACUGCCCCUGGAGCUGGAAGGCAUCGGCAGUUUGGGAGGCAGCGUGCAGGGAGGUCAGGCUGCACCCGGGAGUGGCCACAGCGAUUUGGCUGAGCUGGUCAACACACUUCACUCCAUCCAACAGGGACCUUACUCUCCGAUAUUUGGCAAUGAGCAGCCUCCUCGCUAUGAGGAUGUGGUGCUGUCACCUCCCAUCCAAAAAAUUCUUCCUCGUUCUGCAUCUUCAACUCCCUCCCCGCUUUCCUCUACCUCCUCAUUGUCCUUGAAGUCAGACUCCAUCCACACCAAAACAGUCCAAAGCUCCCCAUCCAGAACCAGUUCCCUCACCAAUGGACUACAGCAUUCGCAUUCUUCCAUCACACAACACUCACUCUCUCCGCCAUCUGUCACCUGCUCCUCCAGCUCCUCUCCAACGCAGUCUCCCUCCCCUCUUCGUACCUCCCCAACCCCGCCAUACACACACACUCCUCCAGCUUCCCCCAUGGAGGCUCUUUAUAUUGAGGAGGAGGAGGCAGAUGUGGGCAAGACACCAGAACAAAUCUCACUACAGACACUCACUCCGACCAGAGGGGUGAACACUAUCCAGAACAAAAACGGGACUGUGUUAGGUCAGCACAUGAACCUGUCCCAACCACACACACUGCAUAAUUCUUUAAAUACUUUGCCAGCCAGCACUGGCUACAGCCCCACUGCCUCACUAACAGUCUCAGCGCCCAAAGCUGUGUCACACAGGAAUGAUGACAUUGACAAGCUGCUGAUGGACUUGGAGAAUCUUUCUCAGAGUAUGAGUCACCCCAGAAACAAUGAGCCUCCACUUCCAGCCAAGACGAGGAAGAGAGAGGGCGGCCAGGGGGUCACGUCCAAUGAGGCCCUCACUCAGCAGAAAAUGUCCCAGUUCCCAAUCCCGAAGCCAGCUAGCCACUUGGCCAUGAACGGCCCUGGCUCCAGGACUUCUCCGAGUCUCACUCCUCCCCAGGGAGAGAACAGCGAAGCUGGGGAGGAGGAGGAUGGGGCACUCCUGCUUAGGAUCCUUGAAAGCAUUGAGAGUUUUGCCCAGGAGCUGGUGGACUCCGGGGCGGGAAGCUCAGGGAGUGCUGAGAGGAAAUGUGGGAAGGAGCGGGAGGUCAUGAGGCUCUUGCAGGAUACACUGGCCACCACGGGCAGAGCUGAUACCCCUCUGAUCCCGGAGAGCACAAACCCACCAGCCGCUGCUCCCACUGCCCCGUCUAUGCACACAAAUGCAGUCCCGGCUAUCCCGCCUAAAAACUCCCUGGCAAAUACACUUGCAGUUUCACCUGCACCGACGCCUGUACCUACAACAUCUGAACUUUUGUGCAAUGCUACGUCCGAACCUGCCCCUAAACCUGCUCCUCAUGUUGUCCCCGAACCUGUGCCUACUCCCAUACCCGAGCCUACAAAGGAGGAAACACACAAAGUUACACAAGCCUCCCCAGGUGACCUCCCUGAUCCUGCAACAUCUGUACCUGCAAGCUUUCAUUCUUCCACACAUUCAGUUCACCUCACACCCGCGGCUGCCCCUGUUGCCAUCCCCACCGCGGCGGAUACAAGAGAUGCUGUCACUGCUGUCGGUGACCCUGCCGCUGUGAGAGACACUGGUUCGACCCUACUCAUCCAGCAGACUCCGGAGGUGAUUCGAGUCCAGUCCAAACCGGACAAGAAACCAGGCACGCCUCCGCCAGCCCCUGCCCCCGCCCCGGCCACACCUGCCCCCACACCACGCUCGCCCAGCCCCCCGCCGGCUCCGGUGAUAGUCGCCCCUCCGCCGCCUGCCGUCAACAUUCCCAGGUUCUACUACCCCCGUGGGCUCCCUGCCCCGGGCCCGGCUGCCAACGCCGACGCAGCCAUCGAUACCAUCGAGGCGGCCUUCACCGAGUUCGAGGAGGAGAAGGCCGACAUAUAUGAAAUGGGCAAGAUCGCCAAGGCCUGCGGGUGUCCUCUUUACUGGAAGGCGCCCAUGUUCUACGCGGCAGGUGGCGAGAGGACGGGCUUCGUCUCCGUCCACUCCUUCAUUGCAACCUGGAGGAAGUUGUUGCACAGUUGCCAUGAUGAUUCAUCAAGGUUUAUUUCCCUGAUGGCCAAACCUGGCUGCAACUACCUGGAGCAGGAGGACUUCAUUCCUCUGAUGCAGGACAUAGUGGACACGCACCCCGGGCUCACCUUUCUGAAGGAUGCACCUGAAUUCCAUUCCCGCUACAUCACAACGGUGAUCCAGCGGAUAUUCUACGUGGUGAACCGCUCGUGGACAGGUCGCAUCACCAUGAUGGAGCUGCGCAGGAGCAACUUCCUGCAGACGCUGGCCCUGCUGGAGGAGGAGGACGACAUCAACCAGAUCACGGACUACUUCUCGUACGAGCACUUCUACGUCAUCUACUGCAAGUUCUGGGAGCUGGACACUGACCACGACCUCUACAUCGACCACAAAGACCUGGCGAGAUACAACGAACACGCCUCCUCGAACAGGAUCAUUGAGAGAUUGUUCUCAGGGGCCGUCACUCGGGGCAAUGCCGUGCAGAGGGAAGGCAGGAUGAGCUAUGCCGAGUUCGUCUGGUUCCUCAUCUCCGAGGAGGACAAGAAGAAUCCCACCAGCAUUGAGUACUGGUACCGGUGCAUGGACGUAGAUGGCGAUGGCGUCCUGUCCAUGUUCGAGCUGGAGUACUUCUACGAGGAACAGUGUGAGAGGAUGGAAAGGACGGGCAUCGAACCCCUGCCCUUCCAGGAUUUGCUCUGCCAGAUGCUCGACCUGGUCAAACCCGAGAGCCCAGGUAAGAUAACCCUGAGUGAUCUGAAGCGCUGCCGGAUGGCCCACAUAUUCUUCGACACCUUCUUCAACCUGGAGAAAUACCUGGACCAUGAACAGAGGGACCCGUUUGCUGUGCAAAAGGACAUUGAUAGUGAAGGUCCGGAGCCAUCUGACUGGGAUAAAUAUGCCUCGGAGGAGUACGAGAUACUGGUGGCGGAAGAGACUGCAAAUGACCAGCUACAUGAGGGGUCUUUUGAUGACGACUAUGAAUCCGAGGAGCUUCAAGUCACCGGAGAGAUUGGGAAUAAAAUGGAAAAACUGGUGAUAUCCGACCUGUCAGCAUGAAACUCCACUGGCCUGGAAUUCCUGGGCCUUUUUGUCCUGGAAAAACAGAUGGGAGUGCAAGUGAUAGACGGGUCCCAUAAGAUGGACGUAGCGGGAUAAAGACACGGAUGCAAAGACGGAGGGAGGAAAAUGGUUCUGGCAUCUGUCUCGCAAUGACUCUGGAGUCUCCUCAGAGCGGACUCGUCGGCUUUUGUGUGUGUGACCGUGAAACCAGUACUGUUCUGUGUCUGGUGCAAAAAAAAAAAAAUCUAUUCAUACAGGAAAACAAUAUCACUGCCUCCAGCUUUUCACUCCGAGAGAACAGAGCCAGCGAUGGUGGGAGAAGUGCUCAAUAAGCUUUUCUAAGGAAAAAAACAAACAAAAAAACACCUUUACUGUAAAGUAAUUUAAUUGCCCUUGUGAAUUCUCUACUGACAAUCGUGCCAGAGGACAAUCACCUGCAAUCUCAGCUGUUGCCACGGACAUGUAGACUGUCGGUAACGCAAAUAGACUCUCGGGGAGUUGGAGGAACUUGCACACAGAAAGAAGAUAAGGGCCGCGAUAGGCAUCACCGUUCGAAUCCCCGAGUCACAGCAGUCACCUAUAUCACAUACAGACAGACACUGCCGUCAGAAACCCGCCGCCUGUGCGGCUUGUCACUGUGUUUUUCUUGUAAAGGAAACCUCUGUUCCCUUCAGGGAGGAAUCAUGUAACCGUUUGGUUUUCGGUUGCAGCAGCACCUCUCUGUGGCCGGUCCGCGCUACUGCGCGUCGCCCCCCCCCCCCCCCCCCCCCCCCCCCCCCCCCCCCCUGUCAUGCACGGUGCGUGACGCCCGGCCUCAGCCCCUCGCCAAGAGGGAGCUCAGUUCACUGCACAGCCGGAGCGGCUCUAUUCUUAGAGAGGCAUUAUCGGCGCUCCACCUCUGGACUCCUCUCUGAAGCCGUUCCUGAACCCUGGAAGAAAAAAUGGACUGGUCGUGCUCCAGCCGGUGAGCUUCAGAGGGAGAUGUGAACAUGAAAUGAUGCAUCUCGACAGCCCUGAUCAAACUCUCUGGUAGAGUUGCCCACACAUUUCCACCUGUACCAUUUGUAAUUAUGUAUGCACAUGAGAACAGUGAGUUGUUCCCCGUUCAGUCUCAUGCAUUCAUCCUGCGCAUCCCGCCGAGUGUUUUCUCACAUCCCCUUGUUGAUUGUGUACAGUGCCCGUUGAUUCCUUUCAUUUUGUUUCUUGUCAUAUUUGCCCCCAAAAUUUUUUUUCCUUCCCAGGAGUCGUUGUUCAAUACCAUUUUGUUUCUGAAGCUCUCCAGUGUCCGCGAUCUCCCUGCAACACACACACCGAACACCCCGCUGAUGAUGCCUCCUUAAAAGGAUCCGUAGAUCAGAAAACAUACUUUCUCACAAUUCUCGUGAUGAGUGUUUUGUUUUAUGUUCCCAACUUUUGACAUUAUGGGAUCACCUUAGAGUCCAGCCUCCGUCCCGUUACAAUGGAAGUGAGUGAAAUUGGUUGUAUCUCCUGCAACAUAGGCAAAAAAAUUAACAUUAAGAUUGAACAGCAGCCUGUUUGAAGCACUUCCCCUGUUAUUCAAUACAAACCACAGAACACACUGUGAACAGUUUCCAUCGGAGCUCCUCUCUGUCGAGGAAAUAGUCCUGACAUUGAGGAGUAACAGGACACCGUGUCUGGCGGGACGUGGUGCUAUUGAAUUUCUCAGACGUGAUUUUUAUUUUAAUUUCUUUCAUACGUUGAGGACCACAUGAAAUUCCACUCACUCACCAUCGUACCGAGGUGGAGAGAAGAAAUCUCGGCAAUAGGAAACGGGUAAAAUGAAAUAACACCAACAGCUAAGUGAGAUUUUGCCCGUUUGUGUGGACUGAUCCUUUAACUCCUUUUAAAAAAACGAUUUAGUGCGCUGCACUCGCAGGGCCAGGCGCAUGUGUGUGUGUACACUGCGCUCACUGUAAUAGUUAGGAGCGCGUGUUCUGCUUAUGCAUCACUGAUUGAGGAGUGUGUUUUUAAGGAGCGCGUGAUGUGUUGCGCUCAGUUUCGGCUUUCGGGCCGUUUAUAUGUCAUAGUCGUUGCCAUGCGGAUAGUGUUCCUGGGUUCUGUGUGUGUGUUAGUGUAUGUAAUGUACAUAAACACACUCGUACACAAGCCUCACAAUGGAUGCGAAUUAAAAGGGAGAAAGAGCUAGUGGAUGCUGUAAGGCCUGAGGGACCUUGAGUUUUCCCUCGUUUGCUCUACAGCCAUUGUAAAUGUGCCUGACUGUGUAUGAAACUAUAUUAUUAUUAUUAUUAUUAUUAAAAAAACGGUAAUAAUAAGCCAUUAUACAAACAAUGGCUCUGACUUUUGAUGUAUUUUUUGACGGCUUGUAUCGCUGUGCCACUGUGUGGCUCGGGGGGGUAAAUUAUGUUAGAUGCGUGUACAGUUUGUUUGUGUAUUAGAUGCACAGCGGAUUUUAGUGGAGGAGGGGACGGGGACGGGGGGGGGGGGUCUGAAGCUCCGACCACCUGACAAUCACAAGGAAAAUGUGUGAGAUACAUGUCACAUAGAAAAACCUCCGAGACUGAUGUUUCGCUCACACACUCUCAUGGAGACUUGUUCCCACCCAAACAGUUUUUCAAAAGAAAAAACUGUUAAAGGUGAUUGGGGGGGGGGGGCACAUCACCGCGUGAUACAUUUCUGGCUCUAUGCAAAACAAAAUGUCCUGGUGCUCACACGCGCAGCAUCAGGCGGGGAGAGAGGCCAUGUGGGAACUUCUUCUUUGAAAAUGAUAUCUCUACUGUGAGAGAAAGAGAAAGCUCUUUAAUUUUUGUUGUACUUCCUCUGUGCGGUGGUGACCUGAGCAGGUGGAGAUGUGAUGCGAAUCCUGAUGGUUACCGUAUUGGCAUGGUUUUUCUUUCUGUCCGUCACUUUGUCGCUCUUUCUUUCUUUGUCCUUUGUUUUUCUUUUCUUUUUUUUUGUGUUCGUCUGAAGUUUAAAAGUUUAAAUAAAGAUGUUUCAAGAAUAUUAAUUCUCCUUGAAGAUUCCUCCUUGCCACCCUCCGCCUGUCCCCUCUGACACACACAUCUCUCUCUCUCACACACACACAGAGACACAGAGACACAAACUGUAUGUACGUCAUCAACCCCUCCUUGUGUACACACUGUGUCCUGUAAGUGUGUUUGUCUGCACUGGUGCUCAGUAGCAUAUACUUUAUUAUCUUUGACGCUGCCGAGUGUCCUGUCCGGGAACUGGGAGCUGAUUUUGAGACAUUUCUACUUUAUUUGUACACGUAAUAAUAACAAUAAUAAAAAAGUCUUUCCCGCCUAAAGCUCAAA